AUAUGGACGGCCGUUUCCUCAAAAAAACAUCUUGAUCCCGAUUUAAUGGUGGUUUUACUGCAAACUAAAGCACUCAAGGUAACAUGGAAAAACAGUUUAAAAAUAGCGCGGGGUCAAAUAGAAUCUAGAGAAUCUGUACUGUAGCAGAUUUGCGGUUUGGAAGACCGUAAAGUGCCAAACGAAAGUUCAAAGACAUGGUGAAGAUUGGAAAUAAAUCGUGGAAAACUCACGCAAAAUCAGGCUAAACACAAAAACACUCAGCUAUUGGUCAGGCGGAUCGGGAUCGAACACUAGUGGCUUUAGCCAGGAAUUUAGUGAGAUCCAGAAUCUGGAACGUAUUUUUAGAUCCGGCCUGUUUAUGUGUGUGGAACAAAGACACCGCAGUCAAAUUGGCGCUUUCCGAACUCGAGUUCAGGCCAGUCUAUUCAUCACUUUUUGCAGCCAAGUUUGUCGCUUGGAAUAAUAAAUAAUCAGGCCUUUGAUUGUUUGCUAAUCUAUUUGAUAUUAUUGCAAACGCAUUGAUGUACCUACUAUGUGCUGGCGACGUCAUCUGGAUAACCUGCUGCCAGGAGAAUUUAAAAAUACCUCGAUAUUUCGGACGACAAGUCUGGUAUAUAAAUAAUGGCCAUCUGAAGCCAUUGGCGUAGCUUCAGCAGGAAUUGUGGAAAAAUUUAACAUAAACCCCACCUUUUUAUUGAUUGUUGUUUCAAAGUUUCUUAAUCGGUUGUUUGAUCGGGCAUUCCAGAUUGUUACGAUCAUUUCAGCCAUUUAUACGCUUUGGGACAUGCGGAUGACACCGCCUUUGUUGUACAAGAAAGUUUGCAAACACAGGCGCUCAACACCGCAGAACGCUGGAUAAAAAUCUUCAGAAAAACUGCUGAUAGAAAACUUAUGUACAAAAACUUCUGAAGCUAGACACAAAUAAAAUACAGUUUUUUGCUCUAUUUUUCCGCGCUUUUACUUUAUUGUUGGUUUUUUUGCUUCUAUUCGUUUUCAUCUAUAGUGUGUGUGUCCGGGUUGGAAAAAUCUUUACGUUUUGAUCAAUUUCAAUGGUUAUUUUUAUGAUUUAGAUAUUGAAAAUGCGCAUUCGACUAUAGCUUCUUGCUUAAAAUUACCUAAAAUCCGCUUUUACCGAUCUACAUCGUUUUACGAUAUUAAAUGCGCGCAAAAGUCAAUACAAUAAUCAUAAAAUAGCAUACAGGAAAUGUUGUUUUUUGGUGGAUUAAAUUAAAAUGGCAAAAUUUGGCGGUGAAAUUCUGUUUUGCCUCAGUUUAAUAAGCGUUGGUAAUCUAUAGUUAUUGCUUAAUUUUAGGCGAUUUAAAGUGAGAAUUGGUCAACAUUUUUUCCUAAAAUUUUUCCAAAAUGUGAUUCUAGGCGAAAAGUGAGAGAAUUUGAGUACGUACUUUGAAUAUCUAACUAACAGAAAAUCAUUGAAUUUGAUGGAAAAUCAGAUUGAUUGAAAGGACGGUCUGAUCAAUUUUCUCGUAAAAAACGGCCUUGCAAUUGUCCGUUUUCCCAAAUAAUAAAAAAUACAACCACCGAAAAAUUUACCAAAAAAACUGAAAUAUAAUACCAAGAUUCAGAUAAAGUCACGUCUAUGAUCUCGCGUAUUUUAAAACCGGUAAGGCUAAUUAAACACUUGGUUAACUGAAAUACACCUUUUGGUUUAUUUUAAGUUUUGUAUGGCGACGUUUUCCGCAUGUAAUACUUUAUAUAAUCCGUACUGGACAAUAAAGUAAUAAAAAAAUUGAAAUAGAUCGGUGACUUUGUGCAAAGUACGCGGGUUUAAUGUUGCGUUCAAUGGUUAUUCUUGGCGUAUUUAUGGGAUUUGAGGAAAUGUAAACAGUCAUUGGUGAAUAAUGUGGACUUGGAGAAAAUCAGCAAAUUGGGAUUUCGACAAGCUUAAUAUGUGCCCAGUGAUAGGGUAAAUAGCGCCUAGAAAAUGCGGCCUUAUACUAUUUAUGGGAGCCUGUUCAUGCUCUGUCUGAUAGUGUCUUUUACCACCGCAGAUAAAAAGUGGAAAUACAACGAUGAAAAUCCCUAUCAAAAAACCAAAACCAAAGAGGGAAAUUCCCGAAACAGACCAAUGAAUGACGAGGAACUUGCAAAAAAUGCGCAAAAACCUGGACAAAGCCAUCAGCAACCAAAAGACCCUGGAAGGAAAAACAAAAAAAGCCUCAACGCUGAUUCCAGUGAGGAGGAAACCAGGGAAGAAAAGCCUCAAGAGCACAAAAAAAUUAUCGCCCGAAUCGAGCAUGGAAAAGUGAAGAUUCUAAGGCGCAAAGACAUCCAGGACGUAACCAGUGAGGAGGAUCCGAAAGCAAAAGUUUGCAAAAAAGCCAAAGCUGAUUGCUGGCAAAACAUCGACGAUGAUAGCAGCAGUGAAGAAAACGACAGCUCCAGUGAAGAAGUGAAGCCGAAGGGCAAAAAGCAAAAGAAAAUAAAAUACAGUAUUAAAUUCCAGCAUGAGAAGCAAAAGAAGAAGGAAGACAACGGCAAUAUGCGAAUAAUGCGAUUGCACAAAAACGGGAGAAAGGAAUACGGGAUGUUGAACUAUGUGUUGUGUCUCAGUAGAAAGAGGGAAAACCCCGAUUUUACUAAUAUCUGUGUUGGCAAAUACGUCUUUUUUCAAAACGGACGCAUUUUGCGUUAAAAUGAAAAGACGCUGAUGAUGAUUCGAGCGAAGAGGACGAGGAACCCAUCAAGAGGUUUCACUAUAUGGACGAUGAUGAAUAGUAUUCCAACUUUAGCAGUAAAAUAAGACAAAUGUAUGAAUCGGGUGCAGGUUGUAGAAAUAAAAAACCGGCUGGUUUGACUAGCGAUAUUGA